GUUGCACUCAUUUUGUUUUCUAGCUCUCAGGCUUCCUAACAAGAUCAGAUCUGAAUCUCUCUGCUCCACUCAUUGCGUUCUUUGGAAAAUAUGUCAACUUUCUUGAUGAGGAUACUUCUUUCUUUGCUCGUCUUAGCAUUGACAAUUCCUCAACAGUCAGAGGCAGAGUCGGAACAGUGGUGCAUAGCAGAUGAACAAACGCCAGACGAUGAGUUGCAAGCAGCCUUAGACUGGGCUUGCUCGAAAGGCGGAGCAGACUGCAGCAAAAUGCAGCAGGAAAACCAGCCUUGCUUCUUGCCCAACACAAUCAGGGAUCAUGCCUCUGUUGCCUUUAACAGUUAUUACCAAACAUAUAAGCACAAAGGUGGCUCUUGUUACUUCAAAGGCGCUGCCAUGAUCACUGAGCUUGACCCAAGUCAUGGUUCUUGCCACUAUGAGUAUAAACCAUGAUUUAAAUGAUGCAGCUAAGACGAGAUAUGCAGCAAGAAUAAACAGCUAUGAUUUUGUAUUGAUAUUUUUUUUCUCACUAUGUAAUGUUUUCAUCCCAAAGAAGUAUUCAUGUAUAUGCCACCCAUAUACUGUUCUCUCAUUACUCUUCAGUUUUCGGUUAAAAAACACUGAGCUUUCUUCAGAAGCUAAAGGAACCAACUUGUGUGUAUUGAGGUUUUCGAUUGAAUCAAACAACCUGUUAUUGUUUCUCCU